AUGGAGGCUGAGGCAUGCCAGCUGCAGCAGAAACACAGUGCGGUGAAACAGUGCCAAGCCCACUGUGCCAGGCCUCUGAGGGUCCAAGCUUACUGCGCCAGGCCUCUGAGGGUCCAAGCCCACUGUGCCAGGCCUCUGAGGGUCCAAGCUUACUGCGCCAGGCCUCUGAGGGUCCAAGCCCACUGCGCCAGGCUUCUGAGGGUCCAAGCUUACUGCGCCAGGCCUCUGAGGGUCCAAGCCCACCACGCCAGGCUUCUGAGGGUCCAAGCCCACCACGCCAUGCUUCUGAGGGUCCAAGCCCACUGCGCCAGGCCUCUGAGGGUCCAAGCCCACUGCGCCAGGCCUCUGAGGGUCCAAGCUCACCGCACCAGGCCUCUGAGGGUCCAAGCCCACCACGCCAGGCCUCUGAGGGUCCAAGCCCACUGUGCCAGGCCUCUGAGGGUCCAAGCUCACUGCACCAGGCCUUCGAGGGUCCAAGCCCACUGUGCCAGGCCUCUGAGGGUCAAAGGCCACUGUGCCAGGUCUCUGAGGGUCCAAGCUCACUGCACCAGGCCUUCGAGGGUCCCAGCCCACCAUGCCAGGCUUCCAGGGGUCCACGGAGUGCACCUCUGCCCCACAGAAACUUUCUGA